AUGUGCUACCUGCCUCUCAGUUCCACUAGAGAUUCAAUAAUUACAACCCCGUGGUGCGAGGCUCGUGCGACCGAUAGGUACCCGAAUCGUCUGCUAAAAAUAUUUUGAAGUUUAAAGGGCAAAUGCACGGGAACAUCUGAGGCAGCAGCGGUGGCCGCAGUAGUAGACUUUUCGGUCUCCUGAUCAGCCGCCGUGCGCUGUGCGAGUUCGAAUCCCGUCCCAUGAGAAAUUUUUCUCUUGGCUAUGGAUGUUGUGAUUAUCCGUAGGUGGUAGACGGUCUCUGACUGUCGAACGCGGAGGUACCACCCGGCGGAUCUCGUAGGCGGAGCCAGAAUGUGUGCAUGUUUCAUGCACACGUGUUCCCUCGCCAGGUACCCAAUGGG